CACUCCAGGUCUAACACUCCCUGUUCUCACUGCUGUAACCGUUUUGUAUGAAAGUGCUAUCAACACAGAUUGCAAAAGCGAUGCCUAACUUUGAGAGUAAUAGUGAUGUCACUAUGAAGUCAUCGCCCACACCCUGCUAACUAAUCAUUGCAUAUAAAACUGUAUUCCGGGCAGAAAUCUCUUUACAUUUCUUAAAGUAUCAUCUAACUGUGUUUAAGAAGACUAGACGUUUGCUCUGAAACCUACUAUGAAAUACUCAGGAUUACAUAUUAUUGCACAGGUUGGACUGCUCAUACUUACAUCGGGUCACUAUGCAUUUGGCCAGACGACUGUCGAUUCUUUGUCCAGCACUACAAUCAGCCAGCUAUCUCCAAAUUCAACAGUCACUCCUGAAACCGUUCAUACUAGUCCUCAACCAGAAGAUACCAUCACCACAAAUACAACUUCACCUUCAGAAACAAGCAGUCAGACAGCAGAGACCACCAGCACAACUGCCUCUAAUAGUAUCUCAACAUCACUGCUCAGUGACAUGAUGACUUCUUCCAGUGCCAGUGCUCAAACAUCAACUAUUACCCAACCACCCUCACAUACUGACCAACCAAUCUCCACCAACAGCGCAGAUACGCUUUCAAGUACAUUAAGUUCUUCAGCAGCAACUUCUAUUAGCAUGAUGACAUCAUAUAGUAGUGAUGACAGCAGUCAGGCAGGACCAACUAGUAGCUCAGCAAUACUGUCCACUACUAUUAAUGAUAGCCCAACAAAUAUGAUGGAUAACACAGAAACAUUUUCAAGUCAUUCCACAACAAGCACCAGUACCAUGAUGACCACUUUAGGCACAGAGCCAAUAUUAAACAAUAGCACAACAGUGCCUACUAGUGGCACUACAAGUAUGCCACCAGUUAAUGUGACAGCUUCAACUUCAUUUACGUUAUCAGCCAGUGAUACAAUGAAUUCUACCACCAGUGAUAUCAGUAUGCAGCCAGAACCAUCCAGUAACACAGUAACAUAUCAUAGUACUGUAACCAGUAGCCCAUCAGUUACCAUGAGUAACACAGAUGUAUCUUCCACUUUAUCCAUAGCAACAUCUACUAACAUGAUGGACUCUUCCAGCGAUGGUAUCAGUAACCAGCCUACAUCAUCCAGUAACACAGCAACAUCUCAUAGUACUGUAACCAGUAGUCCAUCAGUUACCAUGAGUAACACAGAUGUCUCUUCAACUGUAUCCAUAGCAACAUCUACUAACAUGAUGAACUCUUCCAGUGAUGGUACCAGUAACCAGCCUACAUCAACCAGUAACAUAGCAACAUCUCAUAGUACUGUAACCAGUAGUCCAUCAGUUACCAUGAGUAAUACAGAUGUAUCUUCAACUGUAUCAACAGCAACAUCUACUAACAUGAUUAACUCUUCCAGUGAUGGUACCAGUAACCAGCCUACAUCAUCCAGUAACACAGCAACAUCUCAUAGUACUGUAUCCAGUAGUCCAUCAGUUACCAUGAGUAACACAGAUGUAUCUUCAACUUUAUCCAUAGCAACAUCUACUAACAUGAUUAACUCUUCCAGUGAUGGUACCAGUAACCAGCCUACAUCACCCAGUAACACAGCAACAUCUCAUAGUACUGUAACCAGUAGUCCAUCAGUUACCAUGAGUAACACAGAUGUAUCUUCAACUGUAUCCAUAGCAACAUCUACUAACAUGAUGAACUCUUCGAGUGAUAGUAUCAGUAACCAGCCUACAUCAUCCAGUAACACAGAAACAUCUUAUAGUACUGUAACCAGUAGUCCAUCAGUUACCAUGAGUAAUACAGAUGUAUCUUCAACUGUAUCAACAGCAACAUCUACUAACAUGAUGAACUCUUCCAGCGAUGGUAUCAGUAACCAGCCUACAUCAUCCAGUAACACAGCAACAUCUCAUAGUACUGUAACCAGUAGUCCAUCAGUUACCAUGAGUAACACAGAUGUCUCUUCAACUGUAUCCAUAGCAACAUCUACUAACAUGAUGAACUCUUCCAGUGAUGGUACCAGUAACCAGCCUACAUCAACCAGUAACAUAGCAACAUCUCAUAGUACUGUAACCAGUAGUCCAUCAGUUACCAUGAGUAAUACAGAUGUAUCUUCAACUGUAUCAACAGCAACAUCUACUAACAUGAUUAACUCUUCCAGUGAUGGUACCAGUAACCAGCCUACAUCAUCCAGUAACACAGCAACAUCUCAUAGUACUGUAUCCAGUAGUCCAUCAGUUACCAUGAGUAACACAGAUGUAUCUUCAACUUUAUCCAUAGCAACAUCUACUAACAUGAUUAACUCUUCCAGUGAUGGUACCAGUAACCAGCCUACAUCACCCAGUAACACAGCAACAUCUCAUAGUACUGUAUCCAGUAGUCCAUCAGUUACCAUGAGUAACACAGAUGUAUCUUCAACUGUAUCCAUAGCAACAUCUACUAACAUGAUGAACUCUUCGAGUGAUAGUAUCAGUAACCAACCUACAUCAUCCAGUAACACAGCAACAACUCAUAGUACUGUAUCCAGUAGCCCAUCAGUUACCAUGAGUAACACAGAUGUAUCUUCAACUGUAUCCAUAGCAACAUCUACUAACAUGAUGGACUCUUCCAGCGAUGGUACCAGUAACCAGCCUACAUCACCCAGUAACACAGCAACAUCUCAUAGUACUGUAACCAGUAGUCCAUCAGUUACCAUGAGUAACACAGAUGUCUCUUCGACUGUAUCCAUAGCAACAUCUACUAACAUGAUGAACUCUUCUAGUGAUAGUACCAGUAACCAGACUACAUCAACCAGCAACACAACAUCUCAUACCACUGUUACUAGUAGCCCAUCAGUUACCAUAAGUAAUACAGAUGUAUCUUCAACUUUAUCCAUAGCAACAUCUAAUAAUAUGAUGAACUCUUCCAGUGAUAGUACCAGUAACCAGCCUACAUCAACCAGUAACGCAGCAACAUCUCAUAGUACUGUAUCCAGUAGUCCAUCAGUUACUAUGAGUAAUACGGAUAUAUCUUCAACUUUAUCCAUAGCAACAUCUAAUAAUAUGAUGAACUCUUCCAGUGAUGCUACCAGUAACCAGCCUACAUCAACCAGUAACACAGCAACAUCUCAUAGUACUGUAACCAGUAGCCCAUCAGUUACCAUGAGUAACACAGAUGUAUCUUCAACUGUAUCCAUAACAACAUCUACUAACAUGAUGAACUCUUCCAGUGAUAGUACCAGUAACCAGCCUACAUCAUCCAGUAACACAGCAACAUCUCAUAGUACUGUAUCCAGUAGCCCAUCAGUUACCAUGAGUAAUACAGAUGUAUCUUCAACUGUAUCCAUAGCAACAUCUACUAACAUGAUGAAUUCUUCCAGUGAUAGUACCAGUAACCAGCCUACAUCAUCCAGUAACACAGCAACAUCUCAUAGUACUGUAACCAGUAGCCCAUCAGUUACCAUGAGUAAUACAGAUGUCUCUUCAACUGUAUCCAUAGCAACGUCUACUAACAUGAUGACCUCUUCCAGUGAUAGUACCAGUAACCAGCCUACAUCAUCCAGUAACACAGCAACAUCUCAUAGUACUGUAACCAGUAGUCCAUCAGUUACCAUGAGUAAUACAGAUGUCUCUUCAACUGUAUCCAUAGCAACAUCUACUAACAUGAUGAAUUCUUCCAGUGAUAGUACCAGUAACCAGCCUACAUCAUCCAGUAACACAGCAACAUCUCAUAGUACUGUAACCAGUAGCCCAUCAGUUAACAUGAAUAUUUCAACUAUUUCCUCAACUUCUUCAGCAUCAACAAACAGUAAUAUGAACUUAACAAGCAAUUCAACCAUUUCAAACAGAAGCACAGUGACCCCUUCCAGCAGCUUGUCAUCUUCUACCAAUAUUGUGACGUCUUCCACUGCGCAGCCAAUGUCCAGCACUGCUACAAAAUCAUCUUCUAUGACAGACACCACUUCUGGUUCUUCUACUCAUAAGACCAUGUCCAGCUCUGUCACCAGCUACACUGGCACCGAAGGACAAAAUUCAGUUACAACAGUUUCUGGAUCAGACAAUUCAUUGGCUCCUUGGAAAAUCAUUGUCAUCUCGCUGGCUGUUGCAUUUGGGACAUUUCUUCUUGUUGGGGGCACAUUAAUGGCGUUAUUUUAUACCAGAAACCUGGGAGGACCAACUCGCUAUGACGUUUCUCGAGCAUAUAUUUAAGGAGCAGCCUCGAUUACCUCGCAAGAAUUGUUUCAACCUUCUCAUCAACAGUAUUAUGUAUAAAAGUGUUUUGUGAUAUACUGCCUCUACUGGUUGCUGAGAGUAUCACAGGAGGAUUAUGUUAUUAUUAACAGUUAUUUAUAUAGUGGCAACAUAUUACAUAGUGCUUUACAGAGAGAACGUUUCAAUUAGUCUUAACAAUCCUUACCCCACUGUUGGUUACAGUCUACAACCCUAAUCAACGGUUUGCCCAUGGAAACGUAGAGAACAUAUAAACUCCUCAACGACAGUGCCGUGGUCAGUAUGGAACCCAAGGCACCAUUACCGUGAUCUUACUGUAUAAUACUAACCACUCUGCCACCAUGCCGUCCGAUCUGUAUCGAUGUGAUAGAAUCCCUUCGAAUGAGGAAUAUGACUUCAGAGUUUGUUAGCACUGUAUUUUAUUUAUUGAAUUUUGAUAGCUAUCAUUUGAUAAUAUUGACGACACUGUAUAUAUUACUGCUGUACAUCCCACGCUAUAGAAGACAGUGUGAGGGUGACAUCAAGUGGUUGAUGUGUGUAUUACAUGUUUUAUACUUUGAAGUAUUUUAAACAGAAAACAAGUGUGAUAUGAAGUACUGACCACUACUGAAAUGACGCUACAUUGCUGGAAAAUGUAAAUGUUUUAUUUACAGAGAUAUGUUGUAAUUAAGAUUUUUAUUUAUGUGUUGGAUUAUAUUAUUUAUUCUUUUUGUACAAAGUUUCUAUGUUCAAAGCAAUAUUAUGUGUUUGCAAA